AUGGCCGAAGGAAACCGGCUCCUUUUCCUAGCACUCUGCUUGCACUAUCUCCCUAAAGUUGAUGCUUGCCCCAAGGAUUGUACCUGUUACAGCGAGCCCAUGACUGUCAGCUGUCAACAGCAGGGUUUCAAAUCGAUUCCUGACGGGAUCCCGGUCAGAAGCCAACGGAUCUUUCUCCAGAACAACAAGAUUCCCUUGGUGAGCUCCAGCAGCUUCAGCUCUCGGCAGAACCUAACAGUGCUGUGGCUGCACUCCAAUAACAUCAGUGUCAUCCAAGCUGGGGCGUUCGCGGGCUUAGAGCGCCUGGAGGAGCUGGACAUUGGGGAAAAUAUCAACCUGCGCUCCCUGACCCCCACCUCGUUCCGCGGCUUGGUGCGCCUUCACACCCUGCACCUUCACAGAUGCGGUCUCUCGGAACUACCAAUAGGCAUCUUCAGAGGGCUGGUCUCCUUGCAAUACCUGUACCUGCAGGAGAACGUGCUGGAGAAACUGGACGAUGACCUCUUUGUGGACUUAGGCAACCUCACUUCCUUGUUCUUGCAUGGCAACAGGAUCCGGACACUGUCAGAAAACGUGUUCAGGGGAUUGCGCAGCCUGGAUAAGCUGUUGCUGCAUCAAAAUCGGAUCAGCUUGGUGCACAGGAGGGCUUUUCAUGAUCUGGGCAAACUGGGCUUGUUGUACCUCUUUAAUAACAACAUAACCGUGCUAACUGGACAGACCAUGGACCCUCUGAUCUCCCUGCAGUAUCUCCGGCUGAACGGUAACCAGUGGAUCUGUGACUGCCGGGCUAAAUCCCUCUGGGAUUGGUUCCGGCGUUUCCGGGGCUCCAGUUCUGUCCUGGAAUGCCAUGUCCCAUCGCGACUGUUUCAGCGCGACCUGAAAACGCUGGAUCGCCGCGAGCUGGAAACCUGCCUGGAUUCCUCUCACCAGAUCCGGACCAGCAUUUUCAGCACCAGGACCAGAUCCGGUAAACUGCCCACGGUGGAAACACCGUCCGGUGCGCGGGAUGGGGCCAUCAAGUGCUGCCAACCAGACAGCGAGCAGUCCUCUCUCAUCUACACCAAAGGCAAACCGGCCCCUUCAUCGUACAACAGCAGAGAGUCCACCAACAAACCGCUCAAGGACAAAGAGAACAUCUCCAAGAGCAGGUACACGGAAAACGACCUGUCCAAAAACGGGACCUACAAAACUGGCUUGAGAGACGCUCCUAUGGGAACUUUCUCUGCCAAAAUAGACCAGUCCUUAGACAUGCUCAGUCCGGAGCUAUUAAACAACCUGGACUCCUCCACGUCGCCCACGACGAAAAAGAAGCGAAAGUGUUAUAAAAAGCCUAAAACGGACUCAUCCCCGUGCCGCCUCAAUAAUGGGUCUUACAGAAAGCACUUGUGCAAGACAGCGUUGGCAACCGUGUCUCUCCUCCCGUUCUUGUUGCACCUUUGGUGA